AUGAUCAAUAAAAAUAUUCCUGGUGACAUUAUACGAUGGAUAUCAUCGUUUCUAAGAAACAGAAAAGUGACCAUCUUGAGUGGAGGUGAAGCUAUCAGUCGCACAAUUAGCAAUGGACUACCCCAAGGAGACGUCCUUUCACCAACCCUGUUCAAUGUGUAUACUGCUGAACUCCACGAGAUAAAUGUGGGGGGAGUCAUACUCGUACAGUAUGCGGAUGACUUCGUCAUCAUCGUUAAAGGAAAAACGCUCAUGGAACUGGAAAUCAAAUCUAAUAUGUUUCUUCGAGAUUUUCAAAUGAACGCUGUCAGAUUAAACCUUAAAAUCAAUCCAGAUAAAACUAAAUUGAUGCUACUCAAGGCGACCAAUGAGAAACUGAAUAUUUCCAUCGGAGGUACCCAAAUAGAGAACGUCAAUUCGUAUCAAUAUCUAGGCAUCCAGUUAGACAAACUUGGAAGAUACAGAGGACACUUACGAAACUUAGAACUGCGCUUGAAGGAACGUCUGGAUAUGCUUAAAGUAAUCUCCCAAAUAAAAUACGGAGGUCACCCAGAAACAAUGAAAUUGCUGUUCAGGGCACUGGUAAGGAGUCUAGUCGACUACGGAAGCAUUACGCAUGCAAAUGCAGCAAAAUCUAAUCGAAGCAGAAUAGAUGUAGUUAUGAAUCAAUGUUGGCGCAAAAUUACAGGUUGUACAAGAACAACUCCCAAAAAUACCCUCUGUGCUUUGGCUGGAGAAUUCCCACUCAACAUCCGAUCACAAUACCUUGCAUGCCGAGAGAUAGCCAGAUAUGCGGCAAACGGAUCGAUAGUCAUGAAUCAACUAAUUGCUCUUGAUCCAACGACUUCAACAGACAAUCUCACCUUCUGUGAAAAAACUUACCUUGAACACAGAGAAAUUUUCAGUGCCAUCGUUCCUAUGGAGAAAAUCGAAAUAACUCACAACAUCCUUUCGGCUCUCGACAUCCAAACGUGUCUGGGAGAUUUUAGGCCAACGAAAAAAGAUACUGACCCUAGAAUUCUCAAACAAAUGGUAAUCUGUCUGCAGCACAACAAGUACCAGCGUAGGAGGCCCAUAUACACAGAUGCUUCGAAAUCUUCUCACUCUUGCGGGAUAGGAGUUUAUUGCCCGACAACCAAACGCAAAAUCAGCCUAAAACUUAGAAGGACGACUUGUAUAAUGACAGCCGAAAUCUAUGCUAUAUCUGUAGCAUUGGAAUUUAUCGCUUCGGAACACAUCAUGUUAAGUGUCAUCUACACGGACUCUUUGUCCGCCUGCAUAAUGUUGGAAAACGCAGCGCACAGAACCGAAAGAAACACGGUGCUACACAACAUAAUACAUCUAAUGUGUCGGUUUGGUGUAACUCUGCAAUGGAUUCCAAGUCAUAUAUCCAUACAAGGCAACGACAUCGCGGAUGAACUAGCAAAAGCGGGAACUUCUUCAGAACACUACCUGGAAAACAAAAUAUUUCUUAAAGACGCUUUCAACAUUUUUGCGGAAUAUCAAAACUCAAACUGCAACCAUUGGUAUCAGGAAUACGCGAAAGAAAAAGGAAAGCAUUUCUUUGCAAUUCAACCCCUUUUCCUAGAAACGCCUUGGUAUAAGGGAAAACAUUUGAAAAACAAGCAAGUCAGGACUUUGAACCGGAUUAUGGCAGGACACAACUACUCAAAAUACUGGUUAGCAAAAAUGAAAAUUAUUGACGAUGCCCGCUGCGAUACUUGCCAAGAAAAUGAAACAGCUGAGCACAUAAUACUGUAUUGUCCGAAUUACUUGCAAAUAAGGAAAAAUUAUACCUUCGAAAACAAAUAUGCCAGUCUGACCGAAUUACUGCAAACAAACGAUAUAGAAGUUUUCAAGGAAGUCACAAACUUUCUCACUGAAAUUAAAGCUGAAAUUUGAUAUCUUCAAUCAAUUUAACACAAAUCAACUGCUAACAAAGUUAUGCUGGGCAUAUGAUCUCGUUAUCGGUCCCAUAUAAACGAGCUGCUGAAGUGCAGCCAGAAUAAAGAAGAAGAAGAAGAAAUAUUUUCCUCCGGUGUCGCUUUGAGUAGUACUGCCAAAUCCAAGACUGCAUCACUCCUCUGGAACGCUUAAAAGUAUUUAUUUACUUUCAGGAAAUUCUUCUUUUCUUUUUCUGGGAUUUUCAUCCUGUGCGGAUGAUUCAUCCCUACACUACUUUCAGGAAAACGAUUAUGGAAAACAAAAAGAAGCCUUUUCAACAAGUGCUGAGUGCUGAGGGCACAAGAGUCAUUCAUCAUGGGACCGGACCGUCAUCAGAGCCGGAUCAACGCUGUAAUUUUGCACUUCUAACAACGAUUACCCUCCUCUACGGGCUAGAACACUAGGUCUCCACUGGAAAUCACUACGCUGCGGCAUGCCACCGCCAACAGCCACGGACGACUAUCCAACGAUGCUGGAAUAAACAAGGGCCUAGAAGGACACUGCCUGGACAACUGCA